GCGCUCGGGCGGGGACGGGAGGCGGGGUGGCGCGGUGAGGGGCGGUGUAGCUGCGGUCUAGGGCUGGCGGCGGCGGCGGAGCGGUGGUCCCUGCGCGAUGGCCGCCUCGGUGUUGUGCUGCCUACGGUGCUGCAGAGACGGCGGGACCGGCCACAUCCCUCUGAAGGAGAUGCCUGCUGUGCAGCUGGACACGCAGCACAUGGGAACAGAUGUUGUCAUUGUAAAAAAUGGAAGAAGAAUAUGUGGCACAGGAGGUUGUUUAGCCAGUGCACCUUUACAUCAAAACAAAAGUUACUUUGAAUUCAAAAUCCAGUCUACAGGAAUCUGGGGUAUUGGUGUUGCAACUCAGAAGGUUAACCUGAAUCAGAUUCCUCUUGGCCGAGAUGUGCACAGUCUAGUGAUGAGAAACGAUGGAGCCCUGUACCACAACAAUGAAGAGAAAAACAGGCUGCCAGCAAACAGCCUUCCACAGGAGGGAGACGUGGUGGGUAUUACAUAUGACCAUGUAGAAUUAAAUGUAUAUUUGAAUGGAAAAAACAUGCAUUGUCCUGCAUCAGGUAUACGAGGGACAGUGUAUCCAGUUGUUUAUGUUGAUGACAGUGCGAUAUUGGAUUGCCAGUUCAGUGAAUUUUAUCAUACUCCUCCACCCGGUUUUGAAAAAAUAUUAUUUGAACAGCAGAUCUUCUGAAUGUAUUCUUUUUGAAAAUUGUAUUUCUGCACUGUUACAAGUGUUUACCAUUUAAUAAAGCUUUACCUGACCUAUAGAUGAAACUAUAUUCUUAAAAAUUUGCUUGUUAAUGUUGUCUAAAGAAGCAUUGUAUUUAAUAUACCACCCCAAGAUAAAAUAAUUAUGCUUUGUGCUAUAAAAAUCAGCAUUUGGGGCAAUUUAUUUAAUUCUUAUUUAAAUAAAUAUACCUAUGAGUUUGAUUAACAGUAUUACAUGGUAAUAUGUGUAUAAAUAUUUAAAAGGUAAUUUUUCUUAUAUAAAGUGUUUGUUUUGAUAGA